GUGGGAGGUGUCCGGUAGGUGGCGCCAGCGCUGUAACAGACUGGCUGCUACAAUGUUACACUGUGUGGAAUAAUAACACGGAAGUACACAGUCCUUGUGUCUGGGAGGAGGUACAUGGCUACCGCAGUUUCAGAGCUGAACUCGUUCACACGCUGUGCUCAGUGUGAUCAGUAACGGAUAGUGUUCAGCUCAGAGGAUCCCUGAUAUAACUGUUCCAGUUCAGACAGUCUUCACUUCAGCAGAGGAUAAAAGAACGCAUCGUGUUUAUGAGACGCGUCUCUGAAAUGAAAGAAGAGAUGGAUAUGCGCGCAUCCUCCGCGUCUCUCCUGGAAGAAGAACUCGCCUCUGCUAUCGAGCCUGCAGUGAAAGCGGCUGUGCUGAGCGUCAUGUCUGCAUUAGCAAAGUUCGUGGACAGUAAAUGUGCAGUUUUCCAUCUCAGACUGGACGAGAGAGACCACGAAUUUGAAAGCGUGAGAUUGCGAUUGGAAAUAGCGGAGAGCGAGUUGAAAGCCGUAAGCGAACGAAAAUACCCGAACACUGGCGAGAACGCUGCACAGUCUGUCACGAACACCAGUGAACAGCACAUCGAUAUCAUCCAUCAACCGAGAAGGCAGAAGGAAGGGCACCGUGUGAAACGCCUCUCAUUUUUCAGGGAGGAUGAAGCUGUAAGUCACGAAUUCAGCGACAGUAUUGUUGCUCAUGGGCUGCCAGCCACUACACGCGAUUACUCCACUCUACCAGCUCAGCCAGUCCGGGAGCCGGAGCCUGCAGCCCACACCGUACUGAAAAACUCCCGGGUUUUAAUCCACGACGAUGGAAGCUAUUCCGAGCAGGACCUGCUGGUGCGAGGCGAUGAACAGAUGGGCCACACAAGCACAGCGGGGUGGAGGAGAGCAGUGAAAGGUCCUGCACAGAGAAAUGCUCUCCCUCAUACUGAGGAAGGGACGAAGGCAGAAUCAGCUCCCAUUCAAGAGGAGCUCUUUGCCCAGGAAUGGUGCAGGAGUCCAAAGCAGGCUACAGAGCUGACAUCUAUUGAAGGGAAGGAGGAGGAGGAACCUGCACUAGAUCCUGAGCACAUUAAUGAAGAGAUCCCUGGAAUUGAACCGGUCAUCAUUAAAGUGGAGGUUCCUGAACUUGAAUCUGACCCCAUUGAAGAGGGGGGUUCAGACCACUUUGAAAGACGGCAGCAAAUUCAGGCAGGCGAGAAACUGCAUCUCUGUCUCGUAUGUGGGAAGAGUCUCAAUACAUCAACAGAGCUGAAAAGACACCAUCAAAUUCACACAGGAGAAAGACCGUACUGCUGCACUGAAUGUGGAAGGAGUUUCAGUACCUCUACAGAUCUGAAAAGACACCGUCACUUUCACACAGGAGAGAAGUUACACCAUCUUAAAACACACCAGCAAAUUCACUAUGGAAAAAAGCUGUAUCACUGUAAUGUAUGUGAGAGGAGUUUCACUCAGCUAGGAACCCUGACAUUGCAUCAGAGAAUUCACACAGGAGGGAAGCUGUAUCACUGCACUAACUGCACAAAGGAUUUCAAUACAGCAGAAGAGCUCAAGAUACACCAGCGAUCUCACACAGGAGGGAAACCGUAUCGCUGCACUGAGUGUGAGAAGGGUUUCAAACAAGUAUCACACCUCAAAGCCCACCAGCGCAUUCACACAGGGGAGAAACCUUAUAGCUGCACUGAGUGUGAAAAGAGUUUCAAACAAAUAUCCCACCUCAAAUCCCAUCAGCGAAUUCACACUGGAGAGAAGCCGUAUAGCUGUGAAUACUGUGGGAAGAGAUUCAAUCGGGCAGGAAAUCUGGUGUCACACCUUCGGGUUCACAGAGGGGAGCAGUUGACUCACUGCGCACGAUAAGAGAGAUUUUAUUUUCCACUCCCAGUUGAAAAAGCACACAGUUUCCAAACACUUCACUAGGAACAGCAUGGGUGAAAGUGCUCCAUCUGUAGAUAGAAAUCCAUCAAGAUGGCCUUUCUCGGGUCCUUUCUUGUGAAAUACCAACAAAAUCUUGGGGACGGGGACUGUAAUGUUUCCGCAUGUAGUUUAUGACAUGAUCUUUUAGUAUAUUUUUCACCUUUUCCACUAUAACUUAAUUGAGACCAUAGGCGCCUAACCCAUAGAGCAGAGGGGAGGCAAACGAUAUAUAUUGCCACUUGACUUUUUAUGUUUUGUUUUGGUUUUGCCUAUAAAUGGUUUUAAAAUGUAAAAAAAAAAAAAAAAAAGUAAUUCAUAAGACGCCAUAAGUUCAACAUUAAAAAAUAAUUAAAUAACUACCCACAAUAAAAUAGCCCCUAGACAAACAUUGGUUUGACUCCCCACAGUCUGCUGUGCAGUAUUUACAACAGCUAACAGCAGUGUGACUGCAACAGAAAAUGCUGGCCUGUUUGAAUACUGCAAAAAAUGAUUGAUUAGGUAUAGACUAGGUAAUUGUCAGUUUCGUUUGAUUAAUUCUCUAUUAAUUAUAACCAGAUUGUUAUUUAUGUAUUUUUUUUUUUAAUAAGGAUGUUAGUAGGUUUGUAAUCUGUAGGCGUGGUUUUGCAAAAUAACAGAAUCCUGUUUUCCCUUUGAAUUUUUUUUUCAUUAAAAAAAGUUGUCGUUCUUUAAUAAAAUUAAUUUUCAGCUUUUAUGUUGAAGCUUGUUCUGUACUACUCAUUCAAGCAAACCAAGUAGAUUUGUGUAUAAAUAAUGACAAUACUUUAUAGUUGACAGAUAUCCUGCUUAUGGGUAGUUGUAUGUGUCGUAUAGCUGUAUUUUGUUUUACUAUAUUUUUAAAAAUAAGUUAAUUUUUUUUUCCUGCAAU